AUGACCGCGCAAGACAGCCGUCUAGUGCAGUCUCUCGCGGCAGACGAGCCAGCAAACACGUUCCCCGCCUCGCCGCCGCGCCGCGAUCCCAUUGAAGACGCCGACGCCAGCUUCACCCGCAAACGCCCCCGCCUACACAGCGGAAGCAACAGCCUGCCGGCCAUGGAUACAAAUACCGACCCCCAGACCCCCACCAAUCCUGCCGCUUCGCCCGCCGAGAAACAGGUCGAAAUGACGAUACGUUCGCAUCCACCUUCUUCGCCCUUGCCCGCUGGAGACGAGGCGGGCCACGGCAGUGCUAACCACGUCCUUGAAGAUGCUCUACCUACAAGCGAACAGUCGCCCAUACUCAUUGCUAGUUCCGAGGAUGAGCCCGGAAGCCCGCCCGUCAUGAUCAUUGACGACGACGACGAUGAUGACGCUGUUGGCUUUGCAGUCCGCGUCGAUGCAGCACACCAUUUCAGCCAAUUUCCAUACUCACAUAUUGGCACCUACGCAACUGUCAUCCGCGAGCUGGGGCAGCACGUCGGCUCUUCGAAGUCGACCCUAUCUUCUUCACCGGCUUGGCACGCUGGCUGA